GGCGGGCCAAGAUUUCAUUUCCAUGGUUACGUAUUUUCCCAGCUCUCAACUGGAAAGUAGUACGCAGUCGGAGCUGCUUGUUUUCUGUCUCAACACAAGAUUACCGUAGCAACAGAACAAGCGGACAAAAUGGACAGUGGUGCGCAAAUGGGAAAAAAAGGUAUCAAAACUGUGGAUGACAGCAGUGUGCGUCCCAGUUCACAGAUUCCUGGAUUAGGGAAUUGUACUGAUACCCGUGAUGAGAAAAGGGCACAUGGACGUCGAACAGGAGUGGUUGAGACUGAUUCAGAUUAUGUGAAACUGGCAAAACAAGGCGGGCAACAAGGUUUACUGCGGCACGAGGUAUCAAGUUUACAAACAAAACCAAAUUUGGAUUACACAGCUCCUGACUGGUUUUCCUUUGAGUCUAAUCCUCAAGAACAUCAAAGCACUCAAAAAAGAACAAUUCCUGAUUUUAUGACGUGUGAAGAAUUCCAGAGAAGUCCAGUCAAAGGGUCCUUCCAACCCCUGGAUGCUCCCUUUGGCACUGAUAAUAAGACCACAUGGGAACGGGAAGGUGACAGUUUUACAGCUGAUAAAGAUAAGAAUACCACAAUGAUCCAGCCUACAAACCAGAUGGAGAACCUGUCCUUAACUUCUGAAAACCGUCACCAAGCAAGCAAGUUUAAGAAAACGUCUUCUCAAAAAAAUGAUAAACCUGUUAGCAUGCAGAAGUUGCUGAGUUUUGGCUAUGCAGAUGAUUGGCAUGUAGAGCAUGAUAAGAAAAUUGCCAAAGAGAACCCAAGUAUAGAGGUAGAUCAAAAGAGCUAGAACAUUACAUCUGAAUGUAAACUGCUUUAGUCUGACAUGGAGAGACUGAUUGCAGACUGCUUUGCCUUUCUUCAGCAACAACUUAAUGAUCUUUUAAUUUCGAUUUUAAUUUAUUACAUUUGUAUUUUUGUUGCUUCAUUUUAUUUGUUUGUAACAGUUUUAUAUUCCAUUAGUUAUACUGACUCUGCUCUAUUUUUCUUUAAGACACUGACAUUUCAAUGAUAAGCUUUCUACCUAAAUUCUUUUCCCCAGAAUAUGGGACACAAGCUGUGUAAAGCACAUACGUUUAUGGAGGUACACCCAGCCACAUUGCCUUUUAACCCAUUUCUGAAGGGGAUUGGCCUUAUUUGUUAAUUCAUUAUUUAUAGUGUGUUAGGAAUACAAUUGCAUCUUUUUCAUUAUAAUUUAAAGACGAAGUCCCUCCAAAAAUAACAAAAAAAAAAGUCUCUGUUCCUGUUGAAAUAUCAUGUUUACUGGCCAUGUGUCAUUCCUAUUGUAUUGUUUACAUGAACAGUUAAAAGAUAAAUGGUGGUUGUCAUCACUUUUGAUAUUUGCUUAUAGCUCAUUAAAACGAAAUAUUUAACAACGAUGAGAUGUAAACAAUAUACACACUAGAUUGUUAAUUCAAUCAGUAAUUAUGUGGCCCUUUUCUGGAUAGCCACUUUACCAAUUCCUCCAGUAACAUACAUUUUGGCCAAAAUUGUCGAGAGAACUAGGACAGUAAAAUGGGUUUAUUUUAAUAAAUGUCUGAAAGUAUGGCUUUGACAAGAGCUGUUCAUGUAUUUUAAUAGCAUGUCAGUCUCAUCAUCUGUAUAAGUAAAAAGUAAAUUGCAAUUUUAAGUAGAAUGUCUCAGUUCUCAAAUACUUUCUACAGAGAUCCAAGCAAUGUGUAUUCUUGACAAAAAGUUCCCAUCUUUCUGAAGAAUGGAGUUCCUUCUCUGUUUUGUUUGUUCUCCCCCAAACAUAUUAUAUCUUUAUAGAACUUUAAUGUGGUAAUAGAAGCAUAAUCCAUUUUAGCCCCUUUUCAGACUCAAUAGCCAUGAUCUGAUUAAAAUAAACAGGCAAAAGUAUUUCCAUGUAAGUUUGAUAUGGAACUAACAAAACUGUAAAUCUCUUUAUAUUACACUAAUCUCCAUAUACACUCCAACUACUAAUGUCAAAUAUUACCAUGUUUUUGUUUUACUUUAUAAUUUCCAGGUUUAGUAGAGGAUUUAAGAAAUGGUAGAAUUUUCUGCCAGAAAUAAUCAGCUUGAAAGGUCAUGUUAUCUUGUUGAAGAAUGCAUUUGAAUUGUUAAAGGGCUUACACAUACUGUUGGACCUGGGUUAUGCAGUCUUUCACUACUAGAUAACAAGAUAACCACAGUUAUACCUGGUUCAACAAUUGUAUCUGGUCGCAGCCUUAUGUAGGCUUAUGCUGCAUUAUUCAUUUAAGAGAAUUAAGAUGCUUAAGUGCAUGAAAAAUAUGUGUUACAUUUUUUCUGUUCUAUAUCUGCCCUAGCAGUCCAUGUAAAUAUUUUCCUAAUUCUACAGAAAUGUUAAGAUCAUUCAUAUUCCUGGGGAAAAAAGAAAGAAAUUGCUUGGAACAACUAAUCUCCAAGUUUAAAUCUUCAUUUAGUUAAAAACAUGUUUUGCUGUUAUAUGGAUGUUAUCUAUUUAACGAUGUCUUCCACAAAUGUUAUUUUAUCCUGCUACCAAGUUUGCAUUUACUGUUUGUAGCAAUUUAUGGGACAAAAUGUCACAAUAAAACAAGCAUGCUCAAAAAA